AAGCUUGAGCAGCCUACACAACUUAAGAAUCGAGAAUGGGAGCUUCAACCAUACUAUGUCUCCUCUCCAUUUCAGUCGCCUCUUGCCUUGUCUACAAAAUCUUCACCUCUCGCAAAAGCAAUGCGCGGCGGCCGCCGGGCCCGACAGCAAUCCCUCUCCUCGGCAACAUCUUGGACCUCCGGGGCGGCGAGCUGCACCACUCCCUGGCCAGGCUCGCCGGGGUGCACGGCCCCAUCAUGUCCUUGAAGCUCGGCACGAGCAACGCCAUCGUGGUCUCCUCCGCCGCGGGCGCCCGCGACGCGCUGCAGAAGCACGACCACCUCCUGGCCGGGCGGUCCGUCAACGACGCCGCGCGCGUGCUCGGCAACCACGAGCUCUCCAUGAUAUGGCUCCCGGCUAGCAGCGCGCUCUUCAAGCGCCUCCGCGCCGUGUGCACCAACCACCUCUUCUCGGCGCGCGGCCUCGACGCCACGCGGGCCGUGCGGGAGGAGAAGGUGAGGGAGCUGGUCGGCUGCCUCCGCGGCCGCCACGCCGGCCAGGCCGUGGACGUCGGCGGCUUCGUGCUCUCUGGGAUGCUAAACCUCAUGUCCAACGUGCUCUUCUCUGAGGACGUGGCCGACCUGAGCUCCGACCGUGCGCAGGAGCUGGAGAUGCUGAUCAGCGACACGGUCGAGGAGAUCACCAAGCCCAACUUGUCGGACCUCUUCCCCGUGCUCGCCGCGCUAGACCUGCAGAGCCGGCGGCGGAACAACGCUGAGUACAUGAAGAGGCUCUAUGACUUCUUCGACGGGGUCAUCAACCGCCGUCAGAGCGCAGGAGGUGAGAGGAAAGAGGAUUUUUUAGAUGUGCUCCUCCAGCUUCACUCAGCGGAUCAGUUCAGCCUUCAGACAGUCAAGUCCUUUCUUUUGGAUCUCUUUGUGGCCGGGACAGCUACGACCUCGCUCACGGUGCAGUGGACGAUGGCCGAGCUACUCCGGCAUCCGGCCGUCAUGUCAAAAGUUCGCGGCGAGUUGCAGCAAGUGCUCAACUCAAAGCAGCAUCCUGACGAGUCCGACAUCGACAAGCUACCCUACCUCCGCACUGUGGUGAUGGAGAUCAUGCGGCUGCACCCGCCGAGCCCACUCAUGAUGCCGCACGUGGCCAUGGCCGACGGCGCGGAGGUGGGUGGCUUCGCGGUGCCUAGGGGCACCAAGGUGAUCAUCAACGUGUGGACCAUCAUGCGCGACCCGGCGUCGUGGACGCAGCCAGAGGCGUUCGUGCCGGAGAGGUUCCUAGGGACGGAUCUGGAUUUCCGGGGCAUGGACGCGCGUGCGUUCGUGCCAUUCGGGGCGGGGAGGAGGGUGUGCCCUGGGAUGCCGAUGGCAACGAGGUCGGUGACGCUGAUCCUUGCGUCUGUGCUGCACGCGUUUGAGUGGAGGCUGCCUGAGGGGAUGCAACCGUGCGAUGUGGAUGUCAGGGACCAGUUCGGCACAUCCCUCAACAUGGUUACGCCACUUAAGGCCGUGCCAACGCCAAUGUGCCAUUGAUGCACUGAUAUCGAUUCUCAUCAGCUAGCGCGGUUAUAUACGCGAUUUCUGUUUGUGUUAAAACCCAUAUCUGCAGAAUAAUUAAUGUCAUCAUGACGAAACUAGAUAAAAACACGUACGCUAAUAAAUAAAUGAAGAAUGCCACGUGGUGUCGGUUAACCCAUGUACUACUACUUGCUUAACCUGAACUGUUUCUACUGUUCUGUUAGCGAGAGUUAUCAGCAGUAGGCGAUAACUUCAGUAGAUUUUAUUUUCAACUGUUUUGUUUACUGUUAAGUCGGAACCUGUGCGUGGGUGGCAGCAACCCGAACUUUGUUGCACUACGUUUCGUUAUCUUC